AUGCCAGUGUUCACUGAACAGCGAAGGUAUCUGUUUUCAAAAUAUUUUUGUGUUAAACCUUAUUAUUUACAACAAUAUAUCAGUGUGUUCACCGAAAAACUGGACGGUGAGCACCGACCACUUAUAUUCAGUGUUCGGUGGUCACUGACACCGAUAUGUCAGUGGCACGGUGGACACCGACCACUUAUAUUCAGUGUUCGGUGGACACUGACACCGAUAUUUCAGUGGCACGGUGAACACCGAACACCGAAUAUAAGUGUCACUGAAAAUCAUUUACCUAUUGAAGAAAGACAAAUAUUUAAACAAAAAAUAGAUAAACAAAUUCGUGAAAAUAAUCUUCAAGGUAUUGAUCAUAUUUGGUAUGUAAGUGCAUUGAAUCCAAAUCAUUUUCCUCAUUGGUUAGUCAUGGUAGAUUCAUUAACAAAUAAUACUAAUUAUAUUUCUAAUAAUUUUGAUCCAAUUGAUUAUCUUAUUUAUGAAUAA